AUGGACGAAAACCAAACUGAUCAAAUACCUGGGGGUUUAUUCAUUAUCAUCAAAGAAAGACAUGGAAACAUUAUAUACGGACGUUGCAAAGAUUUCGUAAAUGGCCAUAGAAAACUAGCCAGAUUGACGAACAGAAGAAUAUUUUUGUUGAGGUGCAGACGAGAAAGAAUUUUUCCUAACCACAUCAUUCAUAACAUAAACCAAAUAUAUUCCUUGGAAGUUGAAGAGCACCCGUUCAGAAACAAAAUAGGGAAGAUUUUGAGUAGAUUCAGAAAUUCCAUAUUGAAUGUGGAAAUAAAAAUUACUAUUUGGAAUUUGAGGAAGACAAAUCAGAGGUUGAGAGAGUCAGAUGCUUUCCUCGCAAACUUGAUAUCUCCUAGCUUAGUUAGCUCCCUCAGAUCCUUUGCAAGAAAAACUUUAGAUAGAGUUCUACUGGAAACUAAGGAAAACAAUGUUAAAAAACUGGAUAACCUAUUGAGGACACAAAAACCCACUGUGAAUUUGGUGACUUCUGACAAUUAUAUAAGAAACUAUACAGGUGUAGUUCUGCCGGAUAAUGUUAAGUCAGUGUUAGCUCUCGGUCCCAAACAUGGAAUCCCCCCAUUCAAAUUCCCAACUUUGGAAGUUAUUAAAGACAUAGAGAGUUGUAUAUCUGUCUCUCCUUUUACUGAUGAGAUAAAGAAUAAAUACAGGAUCAGAUGUAUAAACACCAUCAAUAACUAUAGGAAUAACCCUGUUAGCGGAAGGUUACAGCAAACUCCGACAUUCAAACAACUGACGGACACUAACAACUUUGUGAGAGAUCACCCGGAAUUAAUUAUAAAUUCAUCAGACAAAGGUAAUACUACGGUGGUCAUGUAUAGGGGUGAAUAUUUGGAGGAGGCCCAUAGAAUGUUAAGUGACACUGAAGUUUAUGUACUGCUAACAGCAGACCCCACAAAGCUGUACCAGGAUAAGAUAAACAGGAUAUUAAAGAAGUUUAAAGAGGAAUCAAUGAUUACAGCUGAUGAGUACAAAAAACUGAUCCGACAUAAUGGUAUUUCUCCCAGGUUAUACUUCCUCAGAAAGACCCAUAAGGAAGGCCUCUCUUUUAGACCUAUUUCCAACAAUAUCAAUUCUCCAACCUACAACAUUGGAAAGUUUCUCCACCAAAUUUUAUCUCAAGUGUUGUCAACUUCACCAUAUAAUGUCAAAAACUCUUUUGACCUCAAAAGAGAUCUACAGGGUGUCCAUGUUCCGGAGGGUUACAUUCUGGUGUCGCUAGAUGUGGUCUCACUGUUCACCUAUAUAUCCAGAGAACUUGUGAUAACUAUGAUAAAGAAACAAUGGAACUAUAUUAAGAACUUCACCAACCUAAGUAGAUAA